AUGGGCGUCCAUGCAGUACCCUGGAAUGACCGGAUCAUGGAACAGGCUAAUACUUUCUGGUUCUAUGCGCUUUCUUUUUCGAUUGCCGGAGGCAUCUGGGCUCUGCUUUCCCGCCCAACCGAACAGCCGAAGAAGACCGGCAAGAGAAAGAACCAGAAGGCUGUAUCGGAGAAGUCUACCCCGGCCAAGGCUGUCACUGCCUCUCAGCUUAAGCGGGUCGUAGUUGAUGGCUGUGAUUUGCUUAUUCCAUUGCAGCAUCUGGGAUGGAUGCCCACCGGGGACGUGGUCAUUGGAUCGACCAUGGUGUUGAGCACAUUGCUCACUGCCCAAGAUAUCUGGGCUCAAGUGUGA